UUUAGGCACGCCCAAUUCAGGAAGAACUUUUUCCGAGAUUUAGUUUGCCACCCCUACCGCGAUCAUCACGUUUUAACUUUCAGAACUGGUUAGUAUUACUGGUGGUGACGGGUGAGUUGUUCGUAUCGUCGUGAAUCAUGCAGGCUUUUUUAAAGCACGGUUUAGUUACUACGAAGUGGCUUGGAGACAGAAUUAGCAGCUCUGGCAGUAUAUCUCCUUUGCUUCGCAUUCUAGACGCCUCUUGGUACUUGCCCCAUCUGAACCGAAACCCACUGCAGGAGUUUCAACAGCAACAUAUUCCGGGGGCUUUGUUUUUCGACUUGGAAGGAUGUUGUGAUCACAGUUCACCCUAUGAGCAUAUGUUACCCAGUGCCAAGCAGUUUGCGGAAUAUGCUGGCAGCCUUGCCGUCGAUAAACAAACGCAUGUCGUAGUGUAUGACGGCAGUGAUGUUGGUUGCUUUUCUGCACCCCGAGUCUGGUGGAUGUUUCGGGUGUUUGGGCACCACAACGUUUCCGUACUUGACGGGGGGUUUCGUAACUGGUUAAAGGAAGGUUAUCCUGUAACUGCAGAUGUAAUUUCCCCAGCAUCUACCAACUUUGAGGCCACUCGUAAUGAACGCUGGAUAAAGACAUUUGAAGAAGUAGAGCGGAACCUAAAAACAAAGGAGUUUAUGGUAGUUGAUGCUAGAGCUGAGGGCAGGUUUAAGGGCAUUCAGCCUGAGCCAAGACAGGGGGUUGAACCUGGACACAUUCCUGGUUCAUUAAAUAUGCCUUUCUACAGUUUCUUAACAGAAGCUGGGACCAUGAAGAGUGAGGAAGAACUCAGAAGUAUGUUCCAGGAGAAGAAUGUGAACCUCAGUAAGCCCUUAGUUGUAACCUGUGGCUCUGGAGUUACUGCUUGCCAGGUUGCCCUUGCUGCAUACUUGUGUGGGAAAGAAGACACUAUGGUCUUUGAUGGUGCUUGGUGCGAGUGGUUUCUUCGAGCCAAACCUGAGCAAGUAGUCUCAGAAGGAAAAGGAAAAUCAUUGUAAAAAUUAUGUUGUGCAGACAAUUUUUAUUACAACCAUUGUUCUGAGUGGACAAGAUUUGUAUUAUAAUGCUGUAAAUUUCUGCUUUCAGUUCUCUAACCUAACUAAUAAAAAUCCUUGUUUGACUUCCUA